AUGACCUCGCAAAGCUCAGCGUUUCAUCAGGGACAUCCUCGACGGGCUCAAACUGGUGGCUACCUGCCAAUAGAGGAUUACGGAAUGAUCGGCAAUAUGCACACUUGCGCUUUAGUAGGCAUAGAUGGCAGCGUCGAUUUCUUAUGCUGGCCUGACUUCGAUUCGCCCUCAGUAUUCUGUCGAUUGUUAGACAAGGACAAGGGCGGCUAUUUUAGUAUCGCCCCACCGGCAGAAUUUAACUGUACGACCAAGCAGCAAUAUCUUCCUUCGACAUGCAUCUUACAAACGCGGUACAUUCAUGAAGAUGGCGUUGUAGAUCUGGUCGACUUUUUCCCGCGGCCCAAGGAUGGAAACGUCAUGACCAAAGACUUCAAGCAAAGCUCUUAUCGUGAGGCAAAGAGAGUGCAGGAAGAGCUCAAAAAAUGGUUGGUCAGGAGAGUAGAAUGCGUCAGGGGGUCAUUAACCCUUGAUGUCGAAAUCUUUCCCGCUUUCGGUUACGGGUUGGAACACCAUGUUACCACUCUCUGCUCACCAUCCGAUUCGGAAAGCAAAAUUGCCACCUUUCACAGCAAGGAUGUGAAACUUCAAGUGGAUGUGGCCGUGCAGGAAGGAGACUGCGGCAAGGGUUGCACUUCCGUGAAAUUCAAGAAGGCUACAAAGGAGGGUAUAGCUGGCGAGGGCCUCGUUGCUCGAAUCAAGAUUCAUGAGGGAGAGGCCAUCUCCAUCGUUCUUCGAAACGAUUUGCCCAAUCAUAUCACGGGCUAUAUCUCGGCGCUGGAGCUUGACACCAAACAACACGAUACCCAGAUGUUUUGGCACCAGUAUAUUCGCCAGUCAAAAUACAAGGGCCGAUGGAGAGAAGUAGUCGCACGGAGCUUGAUGAUUCUCAAGCUGAUGACCUAUGAGCCAACUGGUGCCAUUGUGGCAUCCCCCACAUUCUCCAUUCCUGAAGAUAUCGGAGGCGUGCGGAAUUGGGACUACCGGUACUCGUGGGUGCGUGACUCCAGCUUCACGAUCUACAUACUCCUUCGUCUCGGUUUCAGAUCAGAGGCGGACGCGUACAUGGACUUUAUCAUGGAGCGCUUUGUCAAAUCCCGUUGGCCAGAUGGUGGCUUGCCCAUAAUGUUCACAAUCCGGGGUGGGACUGAAAUUCCCGAAUUCACUUUGGAUCAUCUGGAUGGCUACCGUGGAAGUAAACCGGUUCGAAUCGGCAAUAGUGCUGCUUUCCACCAGCAAUUCGACAUAUAUGGUGAACUCAUGGAUGCCAUUUACUUGUACAACAAGUAUGGCAAACCCGUUCCGUGGGAUGUUUGGUGUGCAGUCAGGGAGCUAUUAGACUACGUAUUGACAAUCAUUGACAAGCCAGAUAUGUCUAUCUGGGAAGUCCGCGGCCAAAAGCAGCACUUCACCUAUUCGAAAAUAAUGCUCUGGGUCGCUUUUGAUCGAGGACUUCGACUUGCAGACAAGAGGUGCUUUCCUUGUCCCAAUCGUGCCAAUUGGAUGGCUGCGCGAGACUCGCUCUACGAGGAAAUCAUGAUGAAAGGUUACAAUACGGAAAUGAAUGCUUUCAUACAAAGCUACGAAAAUAGGACUGUACUGGACUCGUCUAUUCUCAUUGCUCCGCUCGUGUUCUUCAUUGCCCCCUGCGACCCGCGUUUCGUCAGCACGCUGGAAAAGAUCUUAUUACCCCCCGAGAAGGGAGGUCUGACCAGCACGGGCUUGGUGUUCCGCUACAAUACUGAUUUGUCUGACGAUGGCGUCGGAGGGCGCGACGGUGCCUUUAGCAUGUGUACAUUCUGGCUUGUGGAGGCCAUGACGCGGGCUGGCGUAUAUGAACCAAAAUACCUCAUACGCGCGGUCAACAUGUUCGAAAACAUGCUUGGCUUUUCCAACCAUUUAUCCAUGUUCUCGGAGGAGAUUGCCAGGAGCGGCGAACAGCUGGGCAACACUCCACAGGCAUUUAGCCAUCUUGCGCUUAUCAGCGCGGCUUUCAAUUUGGACAGGGCAGUCGAGGGCUGGACUGGGCCCAGAUAA